AUGCGCUACCACGCCCUAAUCCGCACACACCACAUAACCUCCCGCAAGAAAGUCGCAGCCCUAAAGCGCGCCGCCGACGCCCACCAAUGUUUCGUCCUCCUCCGCUCCGGCGGCUGUCCAGGAAUCAUGUACGUCGAGGGCCAGGAGCAGACAAAUGUUGAAUCGUGGGUUUCGGUCGUGCGUAAGCUGCGGUAUAAAGAUUUUCAGCUUGUCACGAGGCCCGGUGUCCUAGCGCCGGAAGACGGUGGUGAGUUUCAGUUUCAGUUGCCCCUCCCCCUUUCGACAAGUGCGGGGUUGUCGGAGGUGGAGAGCGUGAAGGAGUUUGGGGAUGCCAUGGCUAAGAGGAGAGUUUGGGGUUGGUGGAGGAGGGGUAUGGGGUAUGCCUAG